UUUGCAUUCCGCUUUCGUUUACGAACAGGGCUCAAUAUAACGCACCAAAGUUUCUUUAUUACGUGCUCCCAAAAUCAUCUUCCUUUCCUACAAAUCCUUGACUCUCUUCUACUCUCACCAUCUUCCCCUUCAGAUUUACUAUCUAUCUAACCUUACUAGAGUUGAGAAAGUUUAGAGCGAGAAUGAAGUGGUGGUUUUGUUGGGGUAGCUCUUACAGUUAAUCCAUUGUUGCUCUCGGAUCCAAGAUACUGAAUACAAGAAGUCUGCAAAGAGUAGAAUGGCUGGCUUAGACUUCCCUAGUCACACAUCUUGUUUAAUCAGAUUCUUUUGAUUUUUUGACUUAAUCUCUUUCCCAGCAGAAGCAGCCACAAAGAAAUACCAAUUUGAUAUUCAAGUUAAGAAUGUCCAAUAUAAAGUAGUGUAUGUGUGGGAGAUAAGUUUGCAAUUUGGGGAAAAAAUUCAUUGUCAAGUUCUUACCAAUUUUGUUGAUCUGGCCUGCUAUUUAUGUCACGAGUCUUGCUGCUGUAGAGCUACUUUGGGUGCGCGAGGAAGGUCAGCAGAUUAUUGACUCUGUUGAUGUUACAUGUGGUUUAAGCCUGGGAGAAUAUACUGCUCUGGCUUUUGCUGGGGCUUUCAGAUUGGAGCCUUUCUGCACUUGUACCACGUGGAUGGGGUUCAAUGCCAAUCUCAUAUGAAUCGAAUUGUUAGUGAGGCAAAUGGUGAUCUCCAUCCUUUUUGGAAGAAUAUACUUGGUUUCUGUGACAAAAUCGGGUUGCUUAACGGUUCAUGACUUUGAAGCUCUCUAUUGCCAGACACAGGAAUUAACUUGCUUGAAAGAUUGUGAAAGCAAGCAUUUGCUGCACCUCUCACAGAAUCGACAACUUGAUACCGUCAGAUGGAAUCUGCUUAACCAGGAUGAGGUUGUCUGUGCAUCUGUAAAAAGUAAUGAACUACUUAUAUUUGAUGUGGGAUAUGUCUCAUCAGAACCAGUUGAAGGUGCAAGAACUGCCUCAGCUAUCGAAUCAUUUGCGUUAGAGCAGAUGGAAGUAAAUGUUGUUCCUCCAGAAGUGACCGAGCUACAUGGUCCAGAUGUUAUUGAAGAGAAAUGUGGUUCUGCCGCAAUCUGUCUUGCAUUCCUUCUUGACAUUUUGGAUUCCAAGGCUGAGGGGAGAAACAGAUAACUUCAGCAGUUAUUAUCAGAUGCAGAGAAGUUUAAAAGGAGCCCUUACAGAUUUAAUCUUAAUUUUCUACCUCAUUCCUCUGCUAUGUUGGUGUUGUAUCCGCCAAGGAGCCCAUCUUUUGAACUAAGCUAAUCCUUAUUUUGUUUUCUUAUGUAAUUGCCGAAUAUGUAUGGAGUUUCAUCCAUUUU